UCUUGAAAAUGUAAAGGGGUGUGGCGGGAGGAAAGAUUUUAACUUGUACUUUUGUAAGUUACAUCGGAACUAAGAAAGUUGCAUGUGACCAUUAAAUAGUGGUUUAGCAGAGGACUUGUUCAAUAAACACCAGUAUGAGAAACUUCUAUAUAACACAGGAGCCAAAUUCAUUCACAGGUAUUACGGAUUGCCUGGCAAAGACGGCACGGUUAUUACUCAGAAUAAUAAACAAAAUAAGUUGUUAUAUUUGUACCUUGAUAUUUUAAUUUAAAAAAAAAAAGAUUAGACAGUUAUGGCCCUAAAAUGGCGAUCUCUGAUGUGUUUCUUUUCAGUGCUCAGCUUAGACUUGGAUAUGGUUAUAUCUUAGAGUAUCAAGACGUUGAAGUGUAUGACACAUACCUAGAACGAAAGGUCUUUUCCAAUGCUUUGGUUGGCAAAAAGCCUUUUGUAAACCCUAUUCAGCGUUUUGAAAACUUUGAUUUUCCGCCUUCAGCAAAGUUUAGCAUGGAUCCUCUUCAAACAAACAUUAUGAGAAAUCCUAACUUGAUUAUACCAGAAUUAAACUGCAAUAUUAUGGAGGACAUUUAUUAUGCAUCUGACAAGAGAUUGACGCGGGUCAGUUCAAUUACCAGUCUUCAGGAUAUGUAUGACACUGUCAAGUCGUCAGGGGGACCAGAUCUAAAAUAUGAUGAUACUGUUGAUUCAACAUUGACAAGAGGAUACUAUCCAGUAAUAUUCAUUGGAAAAAAUGAGACAACAAAAAACUAUGGUCAAUGUAGAUCUAACCUCUAUAUAAGAUACAAUGCUAAGUGUCCACCAUUAGACAAACUGUUCCGUGAAUCAGUAGAGUCCAGACCAUGUUCUGAUUCUGUAGGUGGUUACUGUGAUGUUAAAUGUGACUCUUCACAAGCAGUGAUGUCAGCACCUACACCUUACUACAUCACCUGUGGAUCACUGGGUGUCUAUGAUUACAGGGCUCCUUUUGCUGAAACAUACUAUCCUGCUUGCGAAGCCACUGUACCAGCAAACUAUCGGCUUGAUGUUUCCAUGCAGUUUAUGUUGGAAAUUACAUGUACUAACAUCCCAGAUACUACUCUCAGUAAAAUGGAUGAAGAAAUGCGGAACACAUUUGUGGAAAACAUAAAACCAAAAUGGAUUAACAUUUGUGAGGGUGCAUGCACUAACCUGAUAGAUGUACAGUACAAGUGCGGGAAUGCAAACAAUGUAUUUGUGAAGUUUUCCCUUGUGUUAACAAGUUUGACUUUAGAGGCAGUAGGCGGUGGUUCAGCUGAUAUAGAGGAUGUUCUCAAAAUUGUUAUCAAGAUCGAAAAUCUGCUGGAUAUAUCUACGAUAUCAGGUGCGAUCUUAGUUGUGGAGAGUGUAGUUAUAAAUAGAUUGACUGUGUGUGAAACAGGACAUAGACUUGUCAGCACAGACAAUGUACCAGUUUGUGUUCCAUGUUCAGAGGGCUAUUACUUAACAAAUGGCGAUUGCAAACCCUGUGGUUAUGGAUACUAUCAAGAUGAAAGAGCACAAACAGAAUGUAAGAAAUGUGAAAAUGACAAAACAACAUAUCGGAAAGGUGCCUAUAACGCUCUUGAAUGCAAAGUGUACUGUCCAGUCGGUUAUGAAAGAAAUAUCACUGAAGAAGUUUGUCGUCUAUGUAAAAGAGGUUUUUAUAAAGAUAAUGUAGGGGAUGAUAAGUUUGGAUCUUGCAGACAGUGUCCAAAGGAUACAACAGAUACGAUGGGAGCUAUUUCAGUUGAUAACUGCUCAAUACCUGCAUGUAGCAAAGGACAGUAUAUAGAGGAAGGAGUUUGUCACCCUUGUCCUAAAGAUUCGUACUCAGAUGUUGAGCUGCCAAAUACCAAAACGGCAUGUAUCACAUGUGGAACAUUGAGAGAAACAUUAUUUGAAGGCUCGACAUCAGAUGAUUGCAUGACAAUAGAAAGAACCAGCACAACACAGAAGACACCCGAAAAAGAUGUUUCUGAUGGAAUUAAAUUGUAUUCAAUUAUUGGUGGAGCAGUUUCUGGAAUGGUACUUUUGGUCAUUCUUGUGGUUAUAGCUGUAUGUUUCUAUAAAAGAAGACAACAUGUAUCUAGGAAACCAGAGAACAGUGCCAGUACAGCAAACGUUACCGAUGACAAUGAAGACGGGGUCCACUACCUAAGCCUCGAUGAUAUGCGGAUAUCGAUGUCAGACACAGAUGAUGUGCACUUAAGAAGGCCUGCUUUGCCACGAAGACAAGUUGUAGAUGACACAACCUCUUAUAUGGAGCCUAUAAGCCGAAUUGUCAAUGAUGUUUCCUAUCCAGGACAAAACAGUGAGGCGACUGGGACAGAUGAUGCUAGCCAGCAAGAGGCGGGAUACUACUCCCUACAAUCUGACAGAGACAAUAAUGCUUUGUAUACAAGGCUAGUGAUAGGAGAUAAAUCAACCACUAGAAGUGAGGCGACUGGGACAGUUGAUGCUAGUCGACAAGAGGCAGGAUACCACUCCCUACAAUCUGCCAGAGACAAAAAUGCUUUGUAUACAAGGCUAGUGAUAGGAGAUAAAUCAACCACAAGAUGCUGAGGGAGACCAACACAGUUAUGACCAUCUAUGAGCCAACAGGACAAACAACGCAUGUGUUUUGAAACGGCCUGUUGAAGUGAUAUUAAUUAAAAAUUGUUAUUUUGUCCCCUCCCCCGCACUUUUUUCACAUAGGGUUUCCCUUGCCUGAUACAUUAGGUGGUAGAAGGUAAGACCUAGGGCAAUAGAAAAACAUUUUAUUCAUUUUAUUAACACUUAAUAAAAUCUGAAAGUCUAUUAUUCCUCAAGUGGUUAUGCUAUUGUUUUCAAACAGUAAACCAAAUUUUUGGGUAAGUCUGUCCGAAUUUGUGUCAUUCAUAUCUUAAAAAGUAUUAGACCAGUCAUCAAACCUCACAGAAUUGUUAUCAGCACAAGAAGUUAUGCACUUGGUGCUUUAAUUAGGAUCUCACACAGCCAGACCAGAGCUAUGGCCCUUGACUUAUUUAAAAUAUGCACAACAAUGGCCUGAGUUUGUGUCGCAUGUAUUGCCAAACGUGUUUGACCCAGGAUUCUGAAACAUUACAGGAUUUUAUCUGGCACGUGAAGCUUUGAACCUCUAGUUUUAUAUAUAUUUCUCAGCCAGACUAAAGCUAUGACCCAGGACUUGGUAAAAAUAUGCAUGAAAGGGCAUAAAUGGUUGUCUCGCACAUAUCUCAAAUAUAGUAUUUGGCCCAGUGUCCUGAAACGUCAUAGGAAUAACAUUCAGCAUGUGAAAUUGUGCAUCUGGGAUUUUGUUCCGGAUUUCUGUCAGUCAAGCCAGAGUAAUGGCUUAAAUUGUCAAAACUAUACGUAAAAGGCAUACAAGCUUGUGCUGCAUGUAUAUCAAGAAGUAAUUGUCUUAGAGUCGUAAAACUUCAGCCGAUUUCCGUAUAGCAUAUAAAGUUGCGCAACCUUUUUGUUCUGUUCAGUAUUCCACUCAGCUAAAUCAGAGUUAUGGUCCUUGAUUUAGUGAAAAAUACACAAAGUGCUUAAGGUUUGUGUUGCAUAUACGCAUCUUAAGAAACAUUCCACCUGGAGUCACGAAACCAUGUAGGAAUAUUAUUCAGCAUGUGAUUUUGUGCAACAGAGUUUUUUAUACUAUGCAAAAACAGUGUUUUGUACCUUGACAUAACUAAAAAAUAUUUUUAAAAUGUGUCCCGUGUUCUCAAAAUGUACUUGACCUACAGUCGUAAAAUACAAAGCAUGCGAAAUUGUGCACUUGGUGUUCUCUUUGGGAUAUUAGUUAAACCAGAGCUAAUGUCAGAGAGGUACAUGUUUCCUAUGGACACAUAUCUAGUUAUCAUUACCUUUUAUGUAUUUGUUAAAAUGACAUCUAAAUUGUUCAAUAGCUUAAUUGCUAAUAUGAUAUUUAAAGAUAAAUUUAAUCCUAGAAAAAAAGUGUAGUUAAGAAAAAGUGCUAGAUUUUUUUCAUAGCUAAUUUAAGUUGAUGUUUUACAGGUAAUUAUGCAAGCUUCAUAACUAUGUUACCAAAAUGGUUUAAGGUUGUGCUUUGUGGUAUAUUUCAUAAAAAACUUUUUCAAGCACACAUUAUUUAAUAACACUACAUGCUAAUGUUAUGACCUUUUUUCACCCGCACAACAGGGCGCCUGCAGGUCAAAACGUACCCAAACCAAACUACACAUGUUUACCCAAUUCGUGGUGAAUUAGUGUAUGUAAAAGUGCUGUAAUUUCUAUUUAUGCGUUUCUGCCAAAACAAGAAAAUUAUAUUUUUUCGCGCUUCGCUGGCUCUCGUUUUCCUACAAAACAAAAGUAAAUAUUUAAAUUAUUUUUCAUUCGCUGCCUCAAUUUAUCGCAGAAAAGCUUUUGAGAUCGCCCUUCGUCCGUCGUCCGUCCGUUCACAAUUUCCUUGUGAACACGAUAGAGACAACAGUUUGUGUUUGAUUUUACUCAAACUUGCACACAACUUGAAUGGGCAUAAUAAAUCGGUUCCUUUCGAAAACUGGCCUGAUCCCAUCAUGGGUACUAGAGUUAUGGCCCCUUAAAGGGCCAAAAUCUGCUAUUUUGGCUUGUGAACACGAUAGAUACAACAUUUUGCAAUCAACUUUAAUCAAAUUUGCACACAACUAGUAUUGGCAUAAUAUCUCGGUUCCUUUCGAAAACUGGCCAGAUCUCAUCAUGGGUUCCAGAGUUAUGGCCCCUUAAAGGGCCAAAAUUUGCUAUUUUGGCUUUUGCAGCCAUAUAGAGACUUAAUUUAUGGUUUGAUUUCAUACAUUUUUGGCUUGUUAACACGAUAGAGACAACAUUUUGCAAUUAACUUUAAUCAAACUUGCACUCAACUUGUAUUGGCAUAACAUCCCGGUUCCUUUCGAACACUGGCCAGAUCCCUUCAUGGGUUCCAGAGUUGUGGCCCCUUAAAGGUCCAAAAUUUGCUAUUUUGGCUUUUGCAGCCAUAUAGAGACUUAAUUUAUGGUUUGAUUUGAUACAAACUUGCAAAAUAUCUUCAACAACAAUAAAUCUUGGAUUCCAUGAUGAAUCUGUCAGAACCAGUUAUAGGUCCCAGAGUUAUUUUAUAUCUGAUUACCUCCCCUGAUUUUAAUCGAAAUAGAUUUAUAUCAGUAAGUACUUAUAGGACUCAUUUGAAAGGCCAUUAUUGUCAUUAGUUGGACUGAGACAAUCAGGGUAGAUAACUAUGGACUGAUUUUAUGUCAAAUUACCUCCAUUUAUUUCAAAUUAAAACGGCUAUAUCUACGUAACUAAUGAAGAUACUGACCUGAAAUUUCAUUUAUGCCAUCAGAUUGACUUGGACAAUCAGUGAUGAUACAUAUUGACUGAAUUUAUGACUAAUUACCUCCCUUUAUUUUUUAUGUAAAUGAAUAUACCUAGCAGCUUUAAUGAGAUUGGUUUGAAAGGUUAUUUAUGUUUUUCAUGAUAAGAAAUAGUCAUGUUAGAUAACUCUUGAUUGAAUGUUUAUUGAUAUGAAUACUUUUUUUAAUAUAUUGUUGUAAAAGCUUGUACUCUGUAUCUUCUACAUGCAUUUACCAAUGCAUGAUUACCUCCCCUGAUUUUUUAUAAAAAUGGUAAGAGCGUUGGUCUACGGAUCGCAGGGUCGUGAGUUCGAUCCUCGGGCGGGGCGUAUGUUCUCCGUGACUAUUUGAUAAACGACAUUGUGUCUGAAAUCAUUAGUCCUCCACCUCUGAUUCAUGUGGGGAAGUUGGCAGUUACUUGCGGAGAACAGGUUUGUACUGGUACAGAAUCCAGGAACACUGGUUAGGUUAACUGCCCGCCGUUACAUGACUGAAAUACUGUUGAAAAACGGCGUUAAACCCAAAACAAACAAAUUUUAUAAAAAUGGAUUUAUCUAAGUAAGUAUUUAUAGGACUCAUUUGAAAUUUCAUUAUUGUCAUAAGUUGGACUGAGACAAUCAGUGCAGAUAAUAUCAACUUUUUUAUGUCAAAUUACCUCCCUUGUUUCAAAUGGGUGUAUCUCAGUAACCAGUGAAGAUACUGAUUUCAAAUGUCAUUUAUGCAAUCAGAUGAACUCGGGCAAUCAGGGUAGAUAACUUAUUACUGAAUUUAUGACAGAUUACCUCCCUUUAUUUUAUGUAAAUGAAUAUACCUUAGCAGCAUCAAAUGACAUUGGUUUUAAAUGUUAUUUAAGUCUUCCAGGGUAAGAAAUAGUCAUGCUAGUACAAAAAUGCAGAAUUUGAGCCUAGAACCCUCAAACUUGAUAUGGAGAUUUGUCAUGACUAGUAUGUGACGCAUAGGUCAAAAGGGACAGUUACAAGAAAUUUUUAUCCUGAUAUUUAAUGUGUACGCCAUGUGAUCUAUGUCAAAACUUGAUCUUAUCAUAAAGAGCAAUGGUACUCAGGUGAGCGAUAUAGGGCCAUCAUGGUCCUCUUGUUAUGUUUGCAGGUGAUAUCUAACAAAUGCCAUAUCAUUUUGUGUAAAUCAUGAACUUUGUUUAAUGCAACUUUUAACAUACUGUUUUUUCUUUGAUUAUGUAAGUAGUUUUUCUUGUUAUCUCAUGUAUAUAAAUAUUGUAUAUUUAAUAACCAGAGAAAAGAGAAAAUAGAAAUAAAUAGUAUAUAUAUGUAUACAUAUGUUCCAAUUUUAAUUGCAUACAUGUAUUUCCGUAGCAAUUUAGCUAAUCUUCGCUGACUCCUGUUUUCCGAGAAAAAAACAAAUAUCGAGGGUCCAACGCAAUAAGGGCGUAUCUACAUAUAGUUAUUAUAUGUAGAUACGCCCUUAUUGCGUUGAACCCUCGAUAUUUAAAGUACUUUUCACUCGCUGCCUCAGUUUAUCUCAGAAAAAAAUGUGAUGUUAAUUAGCCUUAGAUUUAUAGAAAUGUAUUAAAUAUAUUCGGUUACACAUAUUUUAAUAUUUGAAGGUGACAUUGCUGUGUAAAUAUCUAACAAAUGCCUUAUUAUUUUGUAUAAAUGAGCUGUGCCAUGAGAAAACCAACAUAGCGACCAGCAAAGAUCCAGACCAGCCUGCGCAUCCGCGCAGUCUGGUCAGGAUCCAUGCUCUCCGCUAACAGUUUCUCUUAAUUCCAAUAGGCUUUGAAAGCUGAUGCGCAGGCUGGUCUUGAUCCAUGCUGGUCGCAAAGCCACUAUGUUGGUUUUCUCAUGGCGCGGCUCAAAUCGUGAACUUAGUUUAAUGCAAUUUCCAUCACCUUCUUUUAACAUACUGUGUUUUCUUUGAUUAUAUAAGUUUUGUUCUUGUUAUCUCGUGUAUGUAAAUAUUGUAUAUUUUAUAACCAGAGAAAAGGGAAAAUAUAAAUAAAUAGUAAAUAUGUAUGGUA